AUUAAAAAAAAAUAUUGACACCAACACCAACGUCACCGCCAAACUUCAUUCAAUAUCUCCGUUUUUUCAUCAAAAUUCUUCGUUAUCAGAAAAAACGCGCGUCCAAUAUAAUAAGAAAUGUGCUGACUUUGUUCAAACGUGAAUCGAGCAGGAUGUUUGGGAAAAAGUCAUCUUCGAAGUCAGGUCGAGAUUCAUCAAGUCCAGCUAGUCCAAGACCCAGCCCGCGGUCAAUAGACGCCCUUCCUGAAGUCGCUCUGGCCGCCAUCGCGACGUACAAAAAGCAAAAGGAAGUCGGCGACUUUAUGACUUUUCUUCUAGCGGCGCUCGAACGGAAUUCAGAAUGGCUCAAUGCUGUCGUAGGCAAGCAACCCAACUUUAAAUGCGCCUUAAUGGUCGGAGCCGGACCGAAUAGAUUUCAGCUGCAGGAAGUAAUCUAUCCCGCGAGCGAAGCCUGUGUCAAACUAGAAGUGGAACUGAGAGAUUCCGAAGAUUACGACAAGUUGGCGAUCGCGGCGAUCUUGAAACUGUCUAACGUGGAAAUCGACAAUUUAUUGCUCUACAUGAAAACGCGCCUCCACGAAAAUAUCGUUUUGAGAGACGAUUUGCUUAGAGGCAAGGCGAUGGGCGUCACGUUUGCUGUACUGAGACCGUUCUCUGAUAAGCAAUACCGAGUUAUGGAAAGGAUUAUAAUUGGUAAUUCUUUAAAAUGCCUCACUCCCACUAAGAAACGCAGAAGAGACGAGAAGUCUAUAAUAAGGUCACCACUAAAGAGGAUUAAACGAGAUAUUUAAACCUCACGAUCAAUAUCAUCGACAAAACCAACGUAGAAUGUAAUGAUUGUAAUUUGGAUUGGAAAAUGGGACGCUCAUAGUAAAUUAUGCACACUUUUGCACUGAUAGUUUCCGAUUACCGAUGAUUUAUUGUGUGGUAACGAACCAUUAUGAAGAUAAAUGUAACAAUAUUCAAUUACAUAUGACGGCACUUACAUGUAUAUAAACGCUGGGAGCGAUGCUUGCAAUUUGCAGGUGAUAAAUAAGUCUGAUUAUUUCAUACUAAGUAUACUAUUUAAAAGCCGAGCUUUAAUAUGGAAUGUGAUAAAGAAGAUCAUGAUGAUAAUAACUAGUACGUAUGAGCACGUAAAGUUAAAAUCACUAAAGUCGAAAUAUCAACUAACAUUAUUCCAUUGCUAUGCAGCUAUAAAAUUAUUUCAUCGCUUUACAUCAGGCUGAAAUUUAACAAAUUAAUAAAAUUUUAUGUAACAUGCAACACAAUAAUGUUCUAUAUAUUCAAUACCCAUGAUGCCAACUUCACCGCCGUUGACCAAAAUAAAUGUAGUUAGUAAAAGUUCGCUUUGGCUCUAGCGGGAAAGAUCAAUACCGUAGAAUCAGGGCAGCAGUGCACAUUUCUAACUCGUAAUGAAAAUCCUGCACACAUUAGCUUUAAAUUUUAUAUCAACUAUUAUAGAAACGAAGCUCUGGAUAGGUUUCGUUGUUAAAGUGGCAUUAAAGUGAGCUCGUUCAGGGCGAUGCG